AUGGACUCGUUUGGUUUUGAUCCCACUGUUCACACACGUUCUCCUCUUCACCGGGCCUUCGGCGGCCUAGAUCUCCCUUCUGCGUCUCCCAACCUGAACCCUCGCUCGAAUGAGGAAAUCUUAUCUCCCUCUUUGACUGGAACGAUGGACUGGCGUCCUACCGAUAUCGAUGUCCGCAACCAGUACUCGUCCAAGCGAGGCUCUGCACGUCCAACGGAUGGCGCUUUCUUUGGGCCGUUGGGUGGGAUUCUUUCCUCUUCACCUGACGACACAUCUUCUCUUCAUGCGGAGGCUUCUGUAGCGAUUGCUCUGGGCGAUGACGACGCUCAAGCUCCGUCGUUUGCCCCACGUGUACGACCGGACCGAUUCGAUCAUGUGUCGCCCUCUUCGUCUGUGGACCAUGAUCUAUCACAACGAAUGCGAUCUAUGACGAUGCCUGUCGAACUGCCUAUGCACAAUCCCCUUCGCGAUCGGCGGCCCGGCACACCCAAAGGCAACAUGCACGACUCGCCUCCUAUGGCUCCUCGAGGACCUGGGCGUUCUAUAGGUCGCGGAGGUAUGCCUACUGUAUACACGCGCUAUACAGGCACACCCACCUAUCAGCAUCAGCCGUUCUCGAUGUCGCCUAUCAGCUCGCCCACCUUACCAGAGAGUCCGGAUGUACUGGGUCGUGCCAAUGACAACAAGUCCACUAUGCAGGAGCGCAGCAUCUCUCCUCGUGGGAAGCAUCGUGACGAAGGGAAAUGGUUUGGGCGUCCUGGCACCUUGCGCCUCGGUGACACUGUGCAGGUAGGCAAUGCUGCCCUCUCGACUCAUUCGCCCGUAUCGCUGGACGAUGAAGGAUCAAGCCACCCUCACCAGCUUCGCCAUGAUCUCCUUACGCAUGAAGAACAUGACGCUUCCAUGCGCCGUCGUGGGUCUGGGCGUGGCCGAGGUGGGCAUCAACACAAUGCUAUAGGGCAUGAUACCGGUGCGCACUCUGGCGGUCGUGGCCAUCGUCGUGAUGCCGGUUUAACGCGUCAGCACACUUCUGCUCAGGACGAGUCGACGCGACUCAACCUAGCUGAAGUUCGUGGCCAGCUUACGGAAAUCAGCAUGGAUCAGCAUGGCAGUCGUCUUAUCCAGGAAAAACUGGACCAUUGCUCGCAGGAAGAGCGAACAAUAGUGUUUGACGAACUGUAUCCUGAGUCGCGUCGUCUUAUGGCCGAUGUGUUUGGCAACUAUGUGAUUCAAAAGCUUCUUGAAUAUGGCACACCAGCGCAGGUCCAAGCCUUGGGCAGUCAGCUCGAAGGCCAUGUACUCACUCUUUCUCUCGGCACCUACGGCUGUCGUGUCGUGCAAAAAGCCUUUGAGCGUGUGCCAGAAGCUGAAAAGAUCAAGCUGAGCGAGGAGCUGCAUCCGUAUGUGCUCGACUGUGUACGUGAUCAGAAUGCCAAUCACGUUAUCCAGAAAAUCUUGGAGCAAGUUCCUCACCAGCAUCUUGAUUUUAUUGCAUCAGCGUUCCAAGGUCAUGUGUCGACGCUGGCGUCGCACUGUUACUCUUGUCGCGUAUUACAGCGUAUAUUUGCCUACUGCAGUGAGGUCCAACGACGGCCCCUGCUGGAUGAAAUGCAUACGAAUACUUUGCGUUUAAUGCAAGACCAGUACGGCAAUUAUGUGGUGCAAUGGGUCUUGCAACAUGGAGAUAUGAGCGACAGGCUCGCAAUUGUACACGUAACGAAGUCUCAUCUUCUUCAACUUUCCCGCCACAAGUUUGCCUCUAAUGUGGUGGAACAUGUGAUACAGGUGGCCCCCGCGGAGGAUCUCUCUGACUUGCUGGAGGAGCUUCUGGCGCCUCUUGACACGGUCGAAGCCGAGUGCUUACCACUCCUCUUUGAGGGAUCUCUGCCGUUGUGUGUGGCCACCGUCAUGAUGCAAGAUCAAUAUGCGAAUUAUGUUUUACAGCGCUUCUUGCAAGUACUUCAUGGUCAUGACCGAGAGCGACUGGUGCACACGAUACGGCCUGUAUUGCACGCUCUACGUCAACGUCAGGUGAUGUUGGCAGCCCAAAAUCCGAAUGGAGCUCCCUAUACUGGCAGCAUCCGCAUUCCAGGUGGUGGUCAUAUCGGGAGCAAGCCAUUGCAAGCCAUUGAACGACUAAUUGAACAGGUGCCUUCGUCUACAGCACCCACACGUACAUCCUAG